AUGUGAGACGUGAUGGGCAGCCAGGGCAGCCCGGUGAAGAGCUACGACUACCUCCUCAAGUUCCUCCUGGUGGGAGACAGCGACGUUGGCAAAGGAGAGAUCCUGGACAGCCUGCAGGACGGCUCGGCCGAAUCCCCGUACGCUUACAGUAGCGGUAUCGACUAUAAAACCACAACGAUUCUUCUGGAUGGGAGGAGAGUGAAGCUGGAGCUUUGGUAAGCACAUUUCCUUCCUUCCUUCCUUCCUUCCUUCCUUCCUUCCUACCUUCCUUACUCUCAGGGCAUCCUGCUGGUCUAUGACAUCACCAACCGCUGGUCGUUCGACGGCAUCGACCGCUGGAUCCGAGAGAUCGAUGAGCACGCUCCCGGCGUUCCUCGGAUCCUCGUCGGUAACCGGCUGCAUCUGGCCUUCAAGCGGCAGGUUCCCACCGAGCAGGCGCGGGCGUACGCCGAGAAGAACGGCAUGACGUUCUUCGAGGUGAGCCCGCUGUGCAACUUCAACGUCAUCGAGUCGUUCACCGAGCUGUCGCGCAUCGUGCUCAUGAGGCACGGCAUGGAGAAGUUCUGGAGGCCCAACAGAGUCUUCAGCCUGCAGGAUCUCUGCUGCAGAGCCAUCGUGUCGUGCACGCCGGUCCACCUCAUCGAUAAGCUGCCGCUGCCCGUCGCCAUCAAGUCUCACCUGAAGUCGUUCUCCAUGGCGAACGGCAUGAACGCCGUCAUGAUGCACGGACGCUCGUACUCGCUCGCCAACCCGGCCGGCGGCUCCAAGGGCAACAGCCUGAAACGCUCCAAGUCCAUCCGCCCGCCGCAGAGCCCUCCGCAGAACUGCACCCGGAACAACUGUAAGAUCUCCUAAACACCGACGAUGA